UCCCUAAGAAGCACCCAUGAAAUCCUGGCCGUCCCGCCGCAGGAAUGCUCGAGUCCAUCCGCGUCACCGAACAACUUCACUGGCCUAAGCAAGAGCUCUCCAAGAAAUCAGUCCUGAGCCCAAAGGAACACAAGCUGAACAUCAGCAAUGAAAACCAUUCCCAGCCCGUGGCCGCUGGCGUUCUCAAGGACAUUUUCACCACAGGAACCAGUAGCUACAACGUCCUUCUGCAGAGCCAAGAAGAGAAAAAACACCAGGCUCCCCGGCAGCCCCCUGCUCUCCCGAAGAAGCAGAGAGGGGCCCCACCGGGCUGCGGCACCCUGAGGUUUGCAGGCAGCAGCGCCGCGCCGCCGCCCCCGCCCAGGAGCAGGACUAAGAGGCAUCCCAACCAGGCGAGGCCUAAGCAAUCCCGUGGGAAGGCAGGAGACGGCUCCGGGCAGAAGCUCUGUUUGCUCACUGCCAUCAAGCCUGCCAACGUGGAGAAAGAGAAGGUGAAGUUCUUCAAGUCAGAUUUCACGUACAACCCUCAGUUUGAAUAUGCGAACCCUGCACUGCCAAAUGUGUUAGCCAAGCACAGCCAGGCAUCUGACAGAUUCCUUAAGCAGUCCAUUAACAUUAUGGAACGGACACUGCAGAAAUACGGAAGCUAUGAGAAAUUUGAGCAGGCCACGGGAGGAAGCUUGCUGAGCAAGAGCCGCAUCUGGAACCGUGUCAGGAAAUACAUGGUGAAAGAAGGCUGCCUUGGUGAGAUUGUGGUCCAUCUCACGGAGGACCUGCUGUCUCGAGCCUCCAUGACGGUGGUGAACGGCCGUCCCACCCUCACCAUCAACAUGUCCACGGCACGAGAGCACUGGCUGGAAGGGAUGCUGAGGCAUGAGAUCGGAACUCAUUAUUUUCGGGGUAUUAACAACAACAGCCAGCCUUGGUGCAACUGGAGCGGCCGUAGAAAACAUGGGUUAAAGCCAAUAAACCCCACAGAAGAGGGUCUAGCCAGCAUUCACAGCGUCCUGUUCCGCAAGGACCCUUUCCUCUGGAGGGCUGCCCUGCUCUACUACACGGUGUACCAGGCCAGCCAGAUGUCCUUCAGCCAGCUUUUCCAGGACGUGGGCAAGUUUGUCAAGGACCCCAACACGAGGUGGGAUUAUUGUGUACGAGCCAAGAGAGGGUGGACAGACACAUCACAGCCAGGCUGUUUCAAUAAGGAUCAGGUAUACUUGGACGGCAUCCUUCGAAUCCUGAGAUACAGAGAGUCCAUUGAUUUCCAUCUUCUGACAGCCCUUGGAAAG